CUUGAAUAGUGGAAGAAGGAAUAUAUUCAAUUCAUUCGCUUAAUCAAAUUGGGUAAAAUGAAGGUGAAAGUAGUGUGCAGGAAACUGUAUGACUACAUCCGAUACGAUCUCAAAGAAAUAGCUUUUCCUUCUUCAUUGCCUGAUCCUCCCCACAUCAAAAAACGCCGCAAAUUGACUUGGCACGAGCGUUUCCUAGUCUUGAAGGAGGCCUCAAGGCUUUAUGCUGCAAGCUGGGUGAGGGAUAUUGGUCCUGAUCUUCGACCAAAUGAUUAUAAGAAGGAUGAUGAGACUGAAGGUAAACCCAAUGGUGAUAAGAGUAGGGCUAAAGUGACAGAACCUUCAACAUUGGAAGACAUUGCGGUUGCUGCAAGAGGAGGGAUGGAUACUUUGAGGCCUGCUUUACAGAGGUUAUACAUGACAAGGGCUUCUGCGUAUAGAGAUGCUCUUAAGAGUUUUAUAGAAGGAUAUCAAGAAGGUAUCCAGCAGGUCAUGGAGAAAAAGGAAGAUUCUUCUAAACCACAGCAAGACAGCAGUGCCAAGAAAAAUUCAACUUGAUGGCUGUUACGUGCAUAAAAGGAGAUGCAUGUGAGUACUUCUCCAGCAUACCUAUUGUAGAUACAAGUUUAGAGCUUUGGGGGAGCUGGGUUGGCUUGAAAUCACAAGCAUGAUCCAUAUACUGAGAAUUCUUCAUUCAUAGUGGUGAAACUUUUCCUUCUUGACGUUUCAUGUUUGUUAGUUUUUGUUUUUAGUUUAGUAUUCAACAUCCUUAUGCUUGGAGAAAUGUAAAAGAACCAUGAUGCCUUAUGUCUAUGGUAAGAGCAACCGGAAAAAUUACUUAGAUAUCUGCUGCCAGUUGGUAAAUGGAGC